UCGGAAGUUUAUUGGCCCAGAUAGAGUAUAUAAUAGCACUUUUCCAUCUCAUUUCGAAAUGAUAAAAGAGAAGAUGGCGGCAACCGCUAACGACGAAACGGACAGUCUGCUUCUCACUUUCGAUCAGAUCUACGAGUGUUUUUAAUUUUAUAUGCUUUCCCGGGAUCCAAAGGGAGGUUUAUGUUGAUUCGAUCCCAAAAUACUGAAAAUGGUGAUAAUGAUUCUUGCUAAGCCAGAAUUUCAAGAGCGGCGUGAUGGAGAUCCAAUUGCUGAAAUCAAAGUCCGAUACCGAAGUGAGGAAGUUUCAAGCUCUUGAAGUCACUUGCAACAGUCUGAAACAAGAAAAUGAGAGAUUGACGAAACUGUAUACAGAAUCUUUGAACAAUCUAGCUAAUGAGCUGGAAUACCGUUCUUCAUGCAAGAGCUUGAAAGAGGAAUUAAAGAGAAUGAGUGAUGAAUACUUCAGUAAGAAAGAUGAGCAUGGAAAGGCUAUGGAAUCGCUUAAGCAAGAAUAUAGUACCAAGAUUAGGGACUUGGAAGCUCAAAUUAGAGGCUUACUAAUCGAAAAGGCAACAAGUGAAGCAACAAUCAAUCAUCUUCGCCUCGAUUUAGCAGCACAUAAAUCCCACAUUCAAGAUCUAGCAACCAGGUUGGAUCAAGUCCAUAUGAAUAUGGAAUCAAAAUAUAAUCUUGAGAUUCAGGAUUUGAAGGACUGUCUCACAAUUGAACAGGAGGAGAAAAAUGACUUGAAUAAAAAGCUUCGAGAUUUGGAAAAGGAAUUGCUGAUUAGCAGAUCAAAACUUGGUGAGAAGCAACCAGAUUCAACUUCGGACUGGCAUGUUGAAACAAUUAAAAUAGAGAUUAUAAAGCUAAGGAGGGAGAAUGAGAUCUUAAAGCAGAAGCUUCUGCAUUCAAAGGCAGGCUAGAGGAGGGUGGGUUUACUAAUCUCACUGCGGUUUUACACCCCAAGAACAUUAUGUUUUUUGGGCCCUGUUAGAAAAUGAUGUUCUGAAGAUCACACAAGUAUAGCAAUGAAACUAAGUACUCUGCUUUGUUGGACAAAGAAAAAUUAUAACUUGGUAUUCCCAGCCAGCUGUAUUCAAUCACCGAAAUCCAACACUUAAAGAAUUUUUGCUACU